AUGGCUCACCCGCUCGUCAAGAUCGCUUCGCGACCCGCCUCUCCGACACCUUCCCAUCAUCAGCCUGCGGCAUCUUCUUCUUCCUCCUCUUCUUCAUCCCAUCCUCAGCGAAUCGCAGCUCGUCCGAUCGCACCGGCGGAUCGUUCGCCAGAACGCUACUCGCACCACGCCCGAGCCGGCUCCCUUCACGACCAAGAAGGCCUGCAUCACAUCCUUCCUCGAACUUCUCGACCACCAUCCCCCUCGGCCCACCACGACGUCUCCCAGAUCCCUACCCGCAGCACCGCUCGCAGCCUCUUCCGCGAUCCUCGGUCCUUCCACCCAGCUGGAAGAUCCCAGUCGCCCAUCGCCGCUUUCCGCAAUCGCUCGCAGAGCUCCGAACGUUCCCACCUUGGGCCUUCCAGGUCGCAACCCAACAGUCCCCUCUUACAUCCGUCGUCGUUCCGCCAUCCCAACGAAGCCGGUGGACUUCAUCUUCCUCCCAUCUCGUCGCUCUCCAAAGAGCUCAUCUCCGACCAUCCCGACGCGCUGGCACACCGCCGCACGCCCAACACGUCGCCUCGCGCCGCAGCACGCUUGCACAUGGGCAACACCUUCCGGGACUCGAGCCCCGCCCCUUCCUCCGGCAGUCCCGCCACCAUGCGUCACGACCACCCCGCCUACCGCCACGAGUACCCUGGCGAGGAUCGUCACAAGACCCACCGAUAUGCCGACGACCAGCCUCGCGCCAUCGCUCCGGCACCGAGACCCAGCUACGACCACGAAAUUCGCGCCGCACACUACCGCGAUGCACAGCCUGGCUCGUCCCGAAGCAACGAGCUGCCUUACCACGUGAACGGCAGCCGCCAUGCUUACAGCGAAGAUCCCAGACCCCAUGCGCACACACAACCGUCCCGCAACCCCAGCCCGCAGCACACGCCCCGGGACUCGCACGAGCACGAGGCUUCUGGCUCGCCUCCUUCGGCGCACCAUGCAGGCUUGCGAUGCUCCAACUGCGGAGUCACGUCCACUCCCUUGUGGAGGCGCGCGCCCGACGGCAGCACCAUCUGCAACGCCUGCGGUCUCUACAUGAAGUCGCACAGCACAAAUCGCGCAGCUUCAAGUCGGGCAUCUGCCACCGACGCCAGUCCGCCUGCGCAAGAUCCAAAGGCCCUCCCACCUGCCUCGGGUUGCUCCAGGGACGACGAUCCCAAGUCCGGCUCUUGCCCCGGAGACGGCCUCUGCAACGGCACGGGCGGCACAGCAAGCUGCAGCGGAUGCCCCGCAUACAACAACAACCUCUCACACGCCCUCAAGGUCAGCAAGCGCGAACCACGAGCUGCCGAAGAGCUCUCGCCCGCUCGCAGCAAUGCUGAGAGGGCCCCGGCUGCGCCCGAAGAGAAGAAAGAGGACGACAAGAGCAACGGCGUGGGAGCUCUCCGCUGCACCAACUGCCAGACGACCACCACACCGCUGUGGAGACGCGACGAAGAUGGCAACAACAUUUGCAACGCCUGUGGUCUCUACCACAAGCUCCACGGCACGCAUCGUCCGAUCGGCAUGAAGAAGACCGUGAUCAAGCGUCGAAAGCGUAUUCCUGCCAACGCCACCGCCCAGGCAGCGAAUCAGACCGACGCCGCGCCGGUCCAGGUCAAUUCGAAUGGCCAACCCAUCAUCGCACCAGCCGCUGGCCGUGCUGGCGAGUCCACUCCUGGCUCCGAGGCCAAGCGAGCUUCCAAGAAGUCGGCGCCUGUCUCCGAACAAGCGCUGCGCGAAGCUCGCGACCGCGAAGCCGCGAUGCUCUUGAUGGAGGUCGGCGCUGGCGCGCGUUCGCGUGAGGACCCUCGCCACCAGUCGAACGCAGGCCUGUCGAGCUCAGCCUCGAUGCAGCACGACCUCGCAUCUGCCAGAAGCGGUGGCGAUGCGGCCCACAUGGCUCAUCUCGACGGAGCUCGCGCUGCCAAGAGGCCGCGCAAGUCGCUCCCGUUGGCUUCGAGGGAAGCUUACGACGAGCAUGACGGCUCGAACGCGUCGUCUCCGUCGUAUCCGGACGCGCAAGCACGACGCCGUCGGGCCGACGUCCCCGGCGCAUCCGAGCAGGCCGCACGCGGAAGCGUAUCCGAUGCCGGUCGAACAGCCUCGGCCGCACCCCACCAUCACCACCAUCACCACCACCACCACGCCACUCACAGCGCUCAUUCUGCGCACCAUGGCCACCACCACCAUCAUCACCACCCCGUUGCGGUCAACGGACACGUUGCCCACGUGCCCGCCGGAUCCACCAAAAUUAGCGAUGUGGAGAGGCUAAGGGACGAGCUGCUCUUCGAGCGCAAACGCAUCGACGAGGUCCUGCACCGUGCCGAGGCCAUUCUGGCUGCCGCACGUCAGAGCAACCUUGGUGCUGAUGCAGCUGCUCCGGCCCCGAGUGUGCUUCACAACGGUCACGGCCACGCGCGAGAGUCGCCUCCGCGAGGCAGCUCGGCUCGGACCAGCCCCGUUGCUGACGGCAGACCGACGCGCGUCAACCUGCCUCUGAAGGAUUCGCACGCAUACGACAACGGCAGCUCCUCGAGCGAAAAGGAUGAGCUCGAAUCGCCUCCGCCCACCCACCAGCAGCCCGCAGGCCGUCCCUUGCUUGCCCCUUCGGACUCGCAGCCGGCAUCGCGUCGCAGCAGCUUCGAGCAGAGGAUGGCUUCGCUGCCCGUCAUGGCCGCCGUGCCCCUCAAGCGCAACUCGCCCCCGGUCUCGGCGCCGCCCGCGGCUAGGAAGGCCACGGCCUGGGGCAUCGAUGCGCGCUCGCCUCCCGUCGGGGCUGCCGCGAGGCAGGGCGACAAGCGUCCCCGCCCCGACGACAUGGACGAAGAUGACGACGUGUACAACUGGGAGAAUCUGUACGGCAAGGCCAAGCUGGAAAAGGCCGGCGACUGGCGUGGCUUUGCCCGCCCUGUUGAGGAUCGCAGCCAGGCGCAAUCGCGCUCCGCCGCCGCUUUCCGACGCGAAGGCGCUGCCAGCCGCCCUCCUGCGAUCACCAACUCGGCUCAACCCGUCGGCGCUCCGCGAACGUAA